AUGUUGUCUGCAAUAUCUUCACCGAAAAUUUGUAUUUCUACUGUAUCUUAUCCAAAAAUUGGAACCCCAUGUCUUCCUCGAGGGCAGUUGGCUUCAACUAGGCUUCGCGCAUUGGCUUCAUUACCAGAACCAAAUGCGGAUAAAAUUGAGUACACUCCAUGGCUGAUUGUUGGCUUGGGGAAUCCAGGAAACAAGUACCAUGGAACCCGGCACAAUGUUGGGUUUGAAAUGAUUGACCGCGUCUCUCAAGCAGAAGGCAUUUUGAUGAAUACCAUACAGUCAAAAGCAUUGAUUGGGAUAGGUUCCAUUGGAGAGGUGCCAGUAUUGUUGGCCAAACCUCAAACAUAUGUGAAUUUUAACGGAGAAUCAGUUGGGCCACUUGCUGCAUAUUAUCAAGUACCCUUGCGUCACAUCCUCCUGAUGUAUGAUGAGAUAAGCUUACCAAAUGGUGUUUUGAGGCUUCAACCUAAAGGUGGACAUGGACAUCACAACGGAGUGAAGAGUGUCAUGGAGCACUUAGACGGUCGACGUGAAUUUCCACGCUUUUGCAUAGGCAUUGGGAAUCCACCUGGUACCAUGGACAUGAAGGCUUUUCUUCUUCAGAAAUUCAGUGCCAAAGAGAGAGAACGGGUGGAUGCUGCUAUGGAACAAGCAGUCGAGGCUGUGAGAACGCUUGUAUUAGAAGGAUUUAGCAGUAGAAUUACUAGGUUUAAUCUUGGGCAGAAGUACAAGUACAACAAAGUUUGA